AAUAUAUUCAAACAAAUCUUCAACAAACGCCUCGAAAUAUUUGGGAAAAUCUUGGUACAAGAAGCGUAAAUAUUACUGAAAAGCAGAUAUACUAUUGGUGGAUGACUCUCAGUCAGCAUAUCUGGAAAAAAGAUGAAAAUCAAAUACAAUCAGCGAUUAAAAUCAUUGAACAAUAUGAUGAUAUUGAAAUAUUACUAACCGUUGAAGAUAGUGGAGUUACUAUGAUUAGCUUUGGAGUCAAGGAAAUUAUUAAUCGACUAGGUGUAAAUGUAGUUGAGAUUGGC